CUUUAAUAAAACCCCCCCAAGGGCCGCGGGAAGAGGCAUAUCGGGCGCUCCUGAUGGACCAGGUCCGUCUCGGCCCAGCUCCCCCGAGAGUUGGCCGGAUCCUCUGGGCUGCUCUGUAGAUGCCUUGGCCACUGACCUCCAGGCAUGAGCUGGUUCCUGCCCUGGACGCUGGUGGCAGUGACAGCAGCAGCAGCAGUGAGCAGCACCCCGGCCACGGCCCUCUCCCCAGCCCCCACGGCCAUGGGCUUCACCCCGGCACCCCUGGAGGACACGUCGUCACGCCCCCAGUUCUGCAAGUGGCCAUGCGCGUGCCCGCCGUCCCCACCCCGCUGCCCGCUGGGGGUCAGCCUCAUCACUGACGGCUGCGAGUGCUGCAAGAUGUGCGCUCAGCAGCUCGGGGACCCCUGCACGGAGGCUGCCGUCUGUGACCCCCACCGGGGCCUCUACUGCGACUACAGUGGGGACCGCCCGAGGUACGCAGUAGGAGUGUGUGCACAGGUGGUCGGCGUGGGCUGCGUGCUGGACGGGGUGCGCUACAACAACGGCCAGUCCUUCCAGCCCAACUGCAAGUACAACUGCACGUGCGUGGGCGGCGCGGUGGGCUGCACGCCGCUGUGUCUCCGCGCGCGCCCCCCGCGCCUCUGGUGCCGCCACCCCCGGCGGGUGAGGCUGCCCGGCCGCUGCUGCGAGCAGUGGGUGUGCGACGACGACGCCAGGAGGCCCCGCAAGCCUGCGCCGCGCCACACCGGCGCCUUCGCAGCCACCGAUGAGAUAGAGCCGUGGCACAGGAACUGCAUAGCCUACACCAGCCCCUGGAGCCCCUGCUCCACCAGCUGCGGCCUGGGGGUCUCCACCCGCAUCUCCAAUGUCAAUGGCCGGUGCUGGCCUGAGCAAGAGAGCCGCCUCUGCAACCUGCGGCCGUGUGACGUGGACCUCCGGCCACACAUCAAGGAAGGGAAGAAGUGUCUGGCUGUGUACCAGCCAGAAGCACCCGUGAACUUUACGCUGGCCGGCUGCACCAGCACACGCUCCUACCGGCCUAAGUACUGUGGGGUCUGCACGGACAACAGGUGCUGCAUCCCCUACAAGUCCAAGACCGUCGAUGUCUCCUUCCAAUGUCCCGACGGGCCUGGCUUCUCCCGCCAGGCCCUGUGGAUUAAUGCUUGCUUCUGCAAUCUGAGCUGUCGGAAUCCCAAUGAUAUUUUUGCUGACUUGGACUCCUACCCUGACUUCUCAGAAAUUGCCAAUUAGGCAGGCACCAAACACGGGCUUGAGGCCUGGCCCUGUGCUUAUAAAGCAGCCAGCCUUCUGAGGCCCACACUGAGCCUUCUUUGGUCCACUUCCCACUCUUUUCUAAUUACCAGGAUCCAGACCCGUGGCCCCCUUUCCUGUCUCCAACCACCCAAAGCCCCUGUCGUGGUGCCUCUCAAGCCCAGACAAUGGGUCCUCUCCCUGGCAGCAUCCUGCACACACUCCAAAGAAAGUGCCUGUCUUCAGCUGUCCUGGACAACACCCAAGCCUGAUCCAGCCUGAGUCACUGAAGUCCUGCUGGAUCUUGCCCGAGUCCCCAGGAACAGAAUCAGCUAGACAUUCAACAUCACUAAUUCUUUCUUUAGAUACCAAACCACAAAACUCUCUGGGUUCACUCAGCAGGAUAGAUGGGAUUUAGGACAGUGGACCAGUCCAUUAUUUAGGCCCUGCCAAGAAGUACUCUAAUCAACAGUUUUGACCACCACACACCAAAGAAUCUCUCAUCCCAAAGAUCUGUGCCUCCCAAGGUCACCCAACAUUUGCCAAGUGAGGUGAAUGGUUGUUUGGCUUUGAUUUUUUUAAUGGACAAUUGUAUCCAUUAAUCCGGGCAUCGUCGAGGUUAAGUUUCUCUUCACCCCUGCACUGUGAAGGGUGUACGUUGGGUUCAUGCCAUUGGGUUCCCUUCUUGCAGAAAUGCAAGAUGAUAAACUUCCUUCUUUUUCCUGGGUGAAGUCCCUAGUCAACACUGCUGGGUCAGAGCAAGGUCAGCCAAGUUUCAGAAGGAGCUAUUGACCCCAGCACCGAAUCUGCUGCUUGUGGACAUGGCAGGGCGCUGGGCAAUUGGCCAGGCUCCUCCUCACCUCUGGACCCUCUCCCUGCCUGGGGGCUCGUGGGAGUUGGUGGAGUCCCGUAGGGUGAUGCCUCUGGCCCCGAGAGUGGUGACCCGUGACAUUCCUCUGCAUUUAGGGACCCUUGGGUCCAGGUCGAGUGAGGGUCAAACCAAGAGGUGGGUCCAGUGAGCGUAGCCUGGGACGGCAAGGGUCGCCGGGUCCAGGAUACGUCUCUUUCUGCCUCGGUGCCCACUUCACAGACUGUGGGUCUACUGACCCAAAAGCCCAGUUCUGGUGCAAAGACGGAGGUAUACCAGUUGUUUCAAAACAGAAGUCUAUUUAACAGGGAUGAAAAACUGAAAGGGUUUGAAGCUAUUCAAUAAAAGGAAAGGAAAGUUGUUAUUAAUGGAAAUGAGGUUAUUAUUUAUUUUAUUAGUAAAGUAUAAAUAUUUACUGCUGUAAUUCUUCUAUUUGGUACCUUCUGUGUGUCAGACAUUGUUCUCAGUGCUUUAGGUACACCAUCACACGAGCUCAUGGAAACUUCAAGGUCGUGUUGAAAGUGCCUGUUAUUUCUUCUCUUACACAUGUGAAAUGGAAGCUCAGAAAAGUAAGGGAGCUUGAUAGAAGUCACCCAGCUGGUCAGUAGGGAGUGGGAAUGCAAAUCCAAGUUGAAUCGACCCUAUAACCCAUCUUUUCCCUCUACUUUUAGAGCUUCCCAACAUGUCAGAGCGUGGAAAACAUGUGAGGAUAAGCGAGUCUCGCUGUCAUUUUUGGUUCUUAUUACUGUCUCUCUAGCUCCUUUCCCAAAGGAAGAGAGUGUCUGGCUUUCAGAUUAUUUAGGUGCCUGAGCAUCAGACAAAAUCUUGGGUAAACCAAAAUCAUGAAUCGCCUACAGAUCAUUCCCUCCUUCAAAUCAGAACCAGCUCUCAUCAUGUGUUUAAAGAUGCUUUUGUUACCCGAUGCUGCAGAUGGAGUGAUGGUGCAGUUAUUCGUGAGGGAAUUCUGGGUAGCGAGCAGAGGGAUUCCUAGCCAGGGAAAAAGGAUUGAGAAUGUGCCCUCCUUACUGUGACCUCCUGAAUGCCCGGUGCAAGGCAUACAGUGGUGCUCAAUGUGUAUUUGAUGAAUAAAGGAAAUUGUG